UACCAACGAACGCCCCUCAUCUGUCCUGAGCUUCUCUACGGGGUCGCCAAUCUCACGAUGAACAGCCAUGGCAGAAGCUUAGCUCGACUCCUAGAAUCCGUUGGCAGAUCCUUCUCUUCUUCAUCUUCCUCACCCCGAACUUUGGCCGGUCUCCGUGAACGACUUGCCGCUGAGACACCUUCACUUUCCGACUUCAUUGACCUGCAAUCUUCUGAGUCGUAUUCGGUGGAGGUUGGUACGAAGAAGAAGCCCCUUUCUAAGCCUAAAUGGUUGAAGGAAUCCGUGCCUGGUGGCGAAAAGUAUGUUCAAAUCAAGAAGAAGCUCCGCGAAUUGAAGCUUCAUACGGUUUGUGAGGAGGCUAGGUGCCCUAAUUUGGGGGAAUGCUGGUCUGGUGGAGAAACCGGCACUGCCACUGCUACGAUUAUGAUACUUGGUGACACUUGUACCCGUGGUUGCAGGCUCUGUAACGUCAAGACAUCACGAACUCCGCCUCCACCAGACCCAAAUGAGCCGAAAAAUGUUGCUGAGGCAAUCGCAUCAUGGGGCUUGGAUUAUGUGGUCAUCACUAGUGUGGAUCGCGACGAUUUACCUGAUCAAGGGAGUGGUCAUUUUGCAGAGACUGUGCAGAAGCUUAAGGUGUUGAAGCCAAAUAUGCUGAUCGAGGCAUUGGUUCCUGAUUUUCGAGGAGACCCCGGCUGUGUAGAAAAUGUUGCAAAGUCAGGCCUCGACGUCUUUGCUCAUAAUAUAGAGACAGUUGAAGAGCUUCAGGGAGCAGUUAGGGAUCAUCGUGCAAAUUUUAAGCAAUCAUUAGAUGUUCUAGUUAUGGCCAAAGAGUUCGCCCCUUCUGGAACACUCGCGAAGACUUCCAUUAUGUUAGGCUGUGGGGAGACACCAGAUCAAGUCGUGCAAUCAAUGGAGAAGGUGAGAGCAGCUGGAGUUGAUGUGAUGACGUUUGGUCAGUACAUGAGAACUUCAAAGCGCCAUAUGCCUGUAUCAGAAUACAUCACUCCUGAGGCUUUCGAGAAGUAUCAAAAUCUUGGCAUGAAAAUGGGUUUUCGGUAUGUGGCAUCUGGCCCAAUAGUUAGGUCCUCCUACAAGGCAGGAGAAUUCUAUAUCAAAUCAAUGAUUGAAUCAGAUCGGUCAGCUUCUAGUUCACACCCUACCCAGCCUUGAUUAUUGCUACCAUUUCUAUUGGUCAUCUGUCUCCAACCAUCCCAACAUAAUUUACCACGUUGCAUGUAUGUUGACGUGUUGCCAACUUGCACGUUUGUUCAGUCAUUUGUCAAAUUUUUGUGCUCCUGAUCCGCUGCAGAUGCCAUUGAGUCUGCUUUGCUGUGUUAUAUGAUAUGUCCCCUUCCUCCUGUUCUUGCUGAUCAGCAUGGGAAUAUUGCUAUUCUUGUAAUGUUGAAAUUGGACUUUCAUUCAUUUGCUAUUUGUAUAGGUUUACUUCUUUACCAUUUUGCUCGUUCAUUCAAAUGCUUCACUUAUUGGAUUCAAAUGAAAAAGCAGGUUCAACUGUUAACGAGUUGACAUAAAGGCUCUGGUCAUUUGCUUCUCUAGCCCUCAUCCGGUGAUGGGAAAAGCUGUGAAGUGCUCUGUUGAGUGGUAAAAUAUUUUUGUAUAGAAGGAAGUUAAAAAGGAAAGUCAGGUGAAAACAUUAUGCAUCUUUUACGAUACCCUGUCUGACUUAUAACUUGAACCAAUCCCAUGCCCCGUAUUAAACACGCCAUUGACAGUCAGUAUCUUCUCCAUUGGUACUGGGCGUCGAGCCAUUUCCCUGCCAACUCUGCCACAGCUCCUCUCUUCCCCUCUCUGUUUCUGGAGUGUCACGCCCAGGUGCUUUUCUUUCCCACCCAAAUUUAGUACCCUCAACCCUUAAUUCAAAUUUUCAAAUUCAAUUAUCUCACUACAUUUAGCUUCCAUCUCCAUUACUUCUCCACAUUCACCACUCUAUGGGUUGUUGCUGCAGCAGAAUCUUGGAAACAGGUCAGCCUCAUAUCCUGGACAAGGAUCGUGGUUCAGCGAAAACUCCGUCACCGGGAUGCGCCAUCACCGAUGUUGGAAACAUCCCUGGCACUGGAACCCCCGAAGAGGAAACCGUCAAAGAAGUCCUCUCAGAGACUCCCAUUGCCAAGCCAUGUAACAUACAGCAAACAUCCCCAAAGAACAAGUCUUCCGAGCUGAAAGUAAAAUCAAGUGAAAUGGAUGGUUCACUCAACAAAGUGGAGGAAGGUACACUUUCAGUUUCAGAGGUAUCUCAGGUUACAGAAUGGUGCAGCAAUAUGAGCGAAAGCGUGUCAAUGGCGACCACCAUUUCGGAGCAAAGAGAAGGGGACGAAGCAUCAAGUAAACAGAGCAGAGAAAUGGGUCGGAAUCCAAAACCAAAAAUUCGAAGAAAGCGUCCAUAUUCCGGCGACCCAUCAUACCGAAGAGACCAGAGAGACAAAUGUGCAACAAAGAGACCUGCUGAACUGUUAUCAGAGAAGAAGUCGCGUGUUACUUGCAGAUACACACAUGGAACGACAGAAUCAAGAGAGGCGAGGACCAGGAAACUGAAUGGAGGGCAAGAACAAAAAUCUGGAGUCAGCCAUGGCCGCCGUUCGAGGUCACCAGCUACUCAAACAGUUAGAGAAACGAAUAAGACAGGGAAUAUGAAAAGCAGUGCCUUGAAAGCGACUGGACAAGCUGGUGAGCAGCCAGAGGCAGUGACCACCGAGAAAAGAGACGAAGGAAAGGUGGAUAAGGCAAUGGAUGGUGCAGCAAUUCAGCCCCCAAAUGAAUCCAUUGAAAACCCACUUGUCUCACUUGAAUGUUUCAUCUUUCUGUAGAUUUUAGAACAUAUUAGUGUACUGGGUAGGAGUUGGUUGGCUUGUAUGUCAAAAUUCUGGAAAUGUGUUGUAUACAAGACUUGGGUAGUGGUUGCUGUAGUUAUUUGAUUGCUUGUUGUUCA